GUGGACGACGAGGGUUAAAUGGGAAGGACGUAAAUCAAUAAAAAUCGAGUUUCGAGUGCUGCGUCUUGAUGAAAACAUGACAGUGUUACUCACGCGCGGGUCACGUGACCAACGAGCAGCCCAUGUGACUUCCUUAAAGAGCUGGAGUCGGUCGGCGGCGCUCGCCUUAGAAAACCGGCGGCGGCCACCGGCGCAAUACGGAGGACGGAGGACCGGUUCUCGAUAACUUUUCGUCCCACGCCGAGACUUCUUGGGAGUCCUCACGCUUUGUGAGUACGACCACGAAUCUACUGCCCGUAUUAGCUUCAGUCCACGCCACAACACGUCAAGACUUCCACGGGUACAAUGGCGCAGCUGCACGUACUGCAGCCCCGUUUCGGGCCGCUGACCUGCGCUCUGUUGUUCGUGCUGCCUUUAGUCGCUUCAUGUCAUCCGAUGCUGAUCUCAGGUCAGCCUCAGCUGGAAAUGCAGCGUCUCAGCCUGCCAGUGUACCGAUUCAACUGGACCAGCAUCUCCUGCCGCGUGUGCCAGGCUCUCUUCACCAUCCUGGAUGUGGCUCUCCUGAGCGACCUCAAUGAAGAGCGAGUGGCGCACGCCGUCGGCGAGGCCUGCAUCCGCCUCCACCUGGCCGACGAGCAGGUGUGCCGCAACAUCACGGAGCUUUUUCGGGACGACUUCAUCCGGGCCCUGCAGGCGUCGUUGCUGUGGCCAACCGAGGUGUGCGCCUUACUCGUGGGCCCCUCCUGCGGCAAGUUCGACAUCUACGCGCCGUGGAACAUCACCUUGCCCAAAGACCCCAAGCCUCCCGUUACGCCGCCUGCGCCUCCUCAACCGGGCUCCCCGCAGAGCAGGGUGCUGUUUCUUACCGACAUCCACUGGGACAACGAGUACAUGACGGGCAGUCCCGCUGACUGCAAGGAUCCUCUGUGCUGCCGUAACGACUCCUAUUCGCCCUCGCGGCGGCGCCAGGAGGCGGGCUACUGGGGAACGUACAGCAAAUGCGACCUGCCGCUCAGGACGGUGGAAAAUCUCCUGGAAAAUAUCGCCAGGGCCGGACCCUGGGACUGGGUCUACUGGACGGGAGACAUACCUGCGCACAACGUCUGGGCUCAGACAAGGAAACAGCAGCUGUCUGCGCUUACGGUCAUCACGAGGCUCAUCCACAAACACCUCGGGCCUAAUGUGACAGUCUACCCAGCUAUUGGGAACCACGAGAGCACCCCGGUGAACAGUUUCCCUCCGCCUUUCGUGCAUGGGAACAGAUCCUCCGCCUGGCUCUAUAGCACAAUGGCUGACGAGUGGUCAAAGUGGCUGCCGGAGCAGGCUUUGAAGUCUCUGAGAUACGGAGGAUUUUACACGAUGGUGAUCCAGCCGGGCCUCAGGUUGGUGUCCCUCAACAUGAACUUUUGCGCUCGCGAGAACUUCUGGCUGAUGGUGAACUCCAGUGACCCCGCUAACCAGCUCCAGUGGUUGGUCCACGUACUUCAGACCAGUGAAGACAAGGGGGAGAAGGUUCAUAUCAUUGGUCAUAUUCCACCGGGUCUAUGUUUGAGCAGUUGGAGUUGGAACUACUAUCAUAUUGUCAACAGAUAUGAAAGUACCAUUACGGGUCAGUUUUUCGGGCACACACACCUUGAUGAGUUCCAGAUCUUUUACGAUGGGGAGACCCUAACUCGCCCGCUGGGGGUCGCAUUCAUUGCCCCCAGUGUGACCACCUACGUCAAUUUAAACCCAGGUUACCGUGUCUACUACGUGGAUGGGAACUAUCGCGGCAGCUCUCGGCUGGUUCUGGACCACGAAACUUACAUCCUCAACUUGACUGAGGCCAACCCUAAAUCAGGAGAGCCCCAAAAGAACCCCAAGUGGACUCUGCUGUACCGCGCCACAGAGACCUACGGGCUCGCUAGCCUUUUCCCCUCCGACUUGGACAAGCUCGUACAGGGCUUCAUCGGGGACGAGCGCCUCUUCCAGAAAUUCUGGUACCUCCGUCACAAGGGGCACGUUUCCGAGCCGUGCAGGGAGACUUGCAAAACCGCACUCUUGUGCUUUUUACGAAGCGGCAGAUACGACUUACUGCAGCGGUGUGACCACGGUGGUGCCAAAGUAAGAACAACUCUGUGUUAGGCCAAGCAGCAAUGAAUGAUAUCAUGGAAUUUUUUUUGGUCCUUGCUGCUAGUAUUUCUGGGAGAAUAGCCAUGACAUGUACAAUAGGUGUCGAGCUUUGCUUUAAUUUUUGUGUUUACUUAAAAUGUAAAAAUGUUUGGUCACAGUCAAUCCCAAAUGUUGUCUACUGUCUGCACUUUAACGUUAGCAAACAAUUUAAAUGAAGUAUACAGUGUUACUAUACUUCAUUUCACACACAAGGGCCAUCUGCAUCAUGACAAAUGGAGCUUGCCGGUUGCCUGUAUAAAUUGUGAAUAAAAUGUAAUUGGGGAAUUGAUUAAA